CCAUACACUGUCGAAGAUUGGUUGGAGGACAUCGUUUUGGCCAGCCAAAAUAAUUUGCCAGUAGAAUCCCUCUCUUCUGCUUCAGACGGAUUCGUAUUAAAUGUCGGACGCGAACCAUGGCAAAAGGAUCGUUCUGCAGACUGUUUUCAUGCCCUCUCGCAAGCAAAUCUUCCCUUCAAACUGUUCUUUAGUUUUGAUAUGAGCUCUAUACCAGGACAGUCAGCUGGAGAUGUUCCUCUGCUUUGCGAGUACAUGAGAUCCUUUGGAAAUCACCCGGGGAUAUUUCGAUACAAAGGCGGCGUCGUUAUAUCAACGUUCACGGGAGAGCACCUACGAUUUGGUCAGCAGACCUUGGACAAUGCCUGGGGAUACGUCAAGAAUGCCCUCGAGGAAAUCGUUCCCAUCUACUUUAUCCCAUCCUUCUUCGUUGACCCAGCAACAUAUCCGACGAUAACGUGUUUGGACGGCGCGUUUAAUUGGAACGGGAGCUGGCCUCUCCAUUUGACGUCCAGAUCUCCGAGGAGUGAGGUUGAAUGUCCAGAGUUGAAGUCCGACCAGCGCCACCUUCGUCAUUUGGGUGGGCGGACUUUCAUGGCGGCCGUUUCACCUUGGUUCUUUACGCAUUAUGGGACUGAUAGCUGGAACAAGAACUGGAUAUACAGAGGAGACGAUUGGCUUUUUGUCCGUCGCUGGGAACAGCUGAUAUCAACGCGCGAGCAGAUCGAUAUCGUACAAGUGAUAUCAUGGAACGAUUACGGUGAAUCGCACUAUAUCGGUCCCAUCAAGGGUGCCCAACCAAAUUCUCAAGCAUGGGUUGACGGCUUUCCGCAUACGGCAUGGUUGACACUCAAUGCGUACUACUCCCAAGCCUUCAAGGAGGGAAGAUAUCCCCCCAUUGAACGUGACCAGGUAUUUUUGUGGGCGCGCCCUCACCCAAAAGACGCGACGGCGCCUAACGAUAGCGUUGGUCGGCCCACUCACUGGCAGGUGACGGAUGAUACUUUAUGGGUCGUAGUAUUCUCUACAGCAGCUGCGAAGGUAAAGCUAUAUGCUGGGGACGACCAUAAGAAGUCUUUCCACGUCAAAGCUGGGGUGACGAAGCUGUGCCGAUCUUUAAAAGGUGACAGAGGCAUCAAGGUAAUAAUGGAAAGAAAGGGCGCUGUCGUUGCGCACUGCGCACCACACGGAUUCCGGUUUCAGACCAGACCAGAAGUGUAUAACUUCAAUGCGUUCGUCGAUGCGUCGUGUUAA